AUCAGUUGUGUUCUUUCGUAUAAGCGAAUGGCCACGGGAGUGACAAAAUGCUGACAAUUUUUUUCAGAAUGUGAGCUUUUGUCACUUUUUUGAGCUUUUGUCAAAAUUUUGUGACCUGGAGCAGCCAGGAAAAAAGUUGACAAAAGUUGACAAAAUUUGACGUUCGUGAAAAAACGUAAACAAACAGCUAUUUGGCGCAGUUGUGACCCAUUGUUAUGAUAAUAAUGCUAAAAUUCAUGAUUCUAAUUGAUGUAUGUACCUAGUUAGUGCUUCUUAAACAAAAUAUCGAUGAUAUUCAGAUGUUGGAGCUUUUUAUCGCUCUUGUGUAUGUUUUUGGUGCGGCCACGAGGAAAGCUCUUUUUUGCAGUUGACAAGCAAUUUUGACAAAGUUGAAAAUUUUUUCAACAUUUUUUCAGCUCCGUGGCCACGCGCUAAUUCAUAUAAACACCAACGAUGAAAAACUAUUUAACCUCAAAAUGUCUAACGCUAGACGUGCGAUGAAGAUAGCAAAUAUGCCAUUGCACGCGGUUGUGGUUAUGUGCCGAAAAAAGUCUGAAUCUCGUACACUGUUUCGUUUGUCAAAUCGUGCACGAAAUGUCAAUCGAAAACACAGCCGAAAAGUGCCAUUUUCAUUCGCUUGGGACCGACUUUAUCUGUCAAAUUCCAUAUAAAAUAUUGACAGGCCUUCCGAUAAAAUCGCAUCCGAUCAAGGAUAACCGUAGCAAUAGACGAUGCGCAAUCUCAGAUUGCGCAUAUAUUUAUCUGUCAAACGGAUCGGUUUGAUAUAUUUAUCUGUCAAAAAAUAUUUAUAUAUCUCGGACAUAUAAUCUUGAAAAUUUAUGCGCAAUCUUGGCGCAAUUUGAAAUUGUAUGGAAAUGACGUUUAUAGCUCAGGGUUGGCUACGCGAAAUGACGUAUGUUUUGAUAAAACGAAUAUAUGCGCAAUCUGAGAUUGUGCAUCGUGUAUUAAUACGGUAAUGUAUUUAGAAGGUUGAUUUUUAUCGUUUUUGCUGGGCGACAUUGUGGGGGACAACUGUCACUCUCUGCAUACAAAUUUCAUUACACCGCACCAGCCCUCACCGAUUUUGUCCCCCACAAUGUCGCCCAGCAAAAGCGAUAAAAAUCAACCUUCUAAAUACAUUAUCCUUGAUCCGAUGGAGCACAGACCAAGGUGUUUUAAAAUGACAAGGUGAAGUUGUUCAGAGCAAAAUGACAUUUCUCUAACUGUUCCAGGGGCUUCGGUAUAAAAAUCGAGGAGGGCUGGUGCGGGGUAAUGAAAUUUGUAUGCAGAGAGUGCCAGAUGUCUCCCACAAUGUCGCCCAGCAAAAGCGAUAAAAUCAACCUUCUAAAUACAGUAGAACGUCGAUUAUCCGGGGACGGAUUAACCGGCGGGCGGCUUAACCGUGCGCAUAAAUCUGACAGCUGUUCAUACGUACGGCGAAAGUUUGCAGCGAUAAUCAAUUGGGUAACCAGUUUCUUGUGCAGCUCGUGCAGGUAGUGUCUAGGGGUAUUUUCGAAAUUUAUUUUUGUUCAUGAACAGUUGUUAAAUCUACAGUUAUUGAUGAAAAUAAUAUUCUACUAACGAUUAAUCGAUUGAUUCUAGGCGAAUUAAUAAUAAAACUAGUGAAUUUAAUAUGUUUUAUAUGCGUUUGACAUUUCUUGGACCAUUAUCCGUGCAAAUCGAUUAACCGGCAACCGUCCGGUCCCGAGCUGCCCGGAUAAUCGACACUCUACUGUACAUUAUUCUUGGCACAGACACGGGCCUUAGGCCCGUGUCUGUGCUCCAUUGCAUGCAAUUUUAUCGAACGUGCUGUCACACGAUUUUUCCUAUAAUAUUGCGAUUAUUUGGAUGAUUUUAAUAAUACAGUAGAACGUCGAUUAUCCGGGGGCAGAUUAACCGGCGGGCGGCUUAACCGUGCGCAUAAAUGUGACAGCUGUUCAAACGUACGGCGAACAUUUGCAGCGAUAGUCAAAUGGGCAACCAGUUUUUUGUGCAGCUCUGUAGUGUCUAGUGGUGUAUUCGAAAUUUAUUUUUGUUCAUGAACAGUUGUUAAACCUAUAGUUAUUAAUUAAAAUAAUAUUCUACUAACGAUUUUUCGAUGGAUUCAUGAUGAAUUUUUCUUAAAACUAGGAGAUUAUUUAAUUUUUAUAUGAAUUUGACAUUUCUUGGACCAUUAUCCGUGCAAAUCGAUUAACCGGCAAACGCCCGGUCCCGAGCUGCCCGGAUAAUCGACGUUCCACUGUAUAAUGAUUAUGAAAAAUUAAGUUGAGAUUGUUCCUACAAAACACCACACAUUUAGUUUGACAGAUAAAAUCGGAUGCGGCGUCCGACGAAAUCAAAAAUUUUUGAUUCCGUCGUAGGGUAACUGUACCAGUUUUCGGCAGUGUACCUAUUUUCGGCAGGGUAGCUAUAAACGUAAAAUUCUGCACAAAUGCGGUAAAAAAAUUUCAAAAAAUACAAUUUUGUAGUGAAAGUGUACUUAUUUGAUAUUCACAUACGAAGUUUCACACCAUUUCAUAACGUAUUUUCCAAAAUAUCAAAUAAAUUGUGCUUUUUUUCGGCAGCUUUGCUGUCAGCCAAUCAUUCGGCAGGUUUUGUGAUUAAGAGAAUCAGAACAGUAAAACUAUGAAAAAGUGGUGUAUAUUAAAGAUUUUAUGCUUAUUUAUUCAUUCUAACUUUUUCGGAAUUUUUAAAUCACGAUAAACAGGUUAUUUUUCACUUUGAAUGCUGCCUAAAAUAGGUACACAGUAAAUAUUCAUUUUUGACAGCUCAAUGUUGUGGGCUCCUGCCGAAACUCGGAACAAUAAUACAUUUUGAAUUUGGCUGAAUAUUCGUUUUAAAAUUGAUCAGAACACUACAAUGCGUAUGUCGACACAUAAUAUGACCUUUCUUGUACCAAAUAUCACCAAUUUUACGACAAAAAAUGCACUAACUUAAGAAAAAAAUAAAUAUUUGUAAGCCAAUUCGCACCGUACGCUAUAACCAUCAAACUGUCAAUGGCUGCUCUGUUUAAAUGUCGCAUCAAAAUGGCUGUCCAAACGGGCCAAAAUAAGCAACAUAAAAUUAAUAAUUAAAGUGCUUUUUAACACCAAUCUUAGGAAAGUAAGAGUGUUAAAUUGCUUUAAACAUUUUUUUGUACAUAUUCACAUUGAUACAAACAUUUUCUGACCCGUAUUCGCGCUGCCAAAAAUAGGAACACAGCCUGCCGAAAAUAGGAACAAACUGCCGAAAAUAGGAGCAAAAUCAAUGUUUGCAUUUUCACGAAUAUUUAUGAAAAAGGGCUUUGAUACGGCAAAUAAAAAAUAUUGUAACUGUUGUGACCCGACCUGCCGAACUUGCGAUCGCCGUUAUUGCAGUCACUCACCGCUGACAGUCCUGCCAGCGUGUUGAUGUGUUAGUGAGAGCGGUUCGGCAGGAUAGGGCAAUGAUCGCUCGCCAGGCCAAUGAACGGGAGCGAUGGUGCCGAACACGUUGGUUGUAACGCGGCACUUACAAGAACGUCCUCGGUGCAAGCAGUCAGAUUUUUAAUAAUACAUUUAUGUUAAUUUAUAAAGUUUUAAUACGUGUGCAGUUAAUGUAGAUAGUAACACCAACAUUAAAUAUCACAAACCCCGUUACAACACAAAAGUGGCGACGAGUAAAUUCGGACAAUUUUUUUAUAAAACGACAAUUUUUAAUCUGUGAAAGUGUAAGUGUAUGUGCGUGUGAAAAUUCCCCGUCCACCGUCCAAGAAGCGCAGGAUGAGCACCAACGAAAACGGUGCAUCAGACGGAGCUAGCGAAGGCGAAUCGCGUCGAUCACCGUUGAUCCGCCCCAGCGCUUUUACACCAGCGCAAUCCUUCGCAUCAGCGCACGACGUCAAUGCACAACGCUUGCAUCUACAACCGCACCGAGGACCAGCGGGGUCAUCGCUCGGCGUACCAGCGGCGCCAUCGCUCAGCAUAUCGCCGACGCCAUCGCUGCACCCAGAAGGAGCGUCAUCUCAGGAAGCAGGAUCGUCCCCAGACGGCGCGAUGAUCUACCAAAUGCUGCAAUUAAUGCAGAAGCAGAUGGCCCAACAGCAAAUGAUGUCGCAAUUAAUGCAAUUGCACCCGUUCCCGCAAACGUCGCAGCCCCAGCAGCAUUCGCAGCAGCAGUCUUUCGUCCCGCAGCAGCAGUCUUUCGUCCCGCAGCAGCUGUCUUUCGUCCCGCAGCAGCAGCCCGAGCUUACCAUGGAUGCUUUGGCGAGCAGCAUUUCCGAGUUUCGGUACGAGGCCGAGUCGGACGUUACGUUUUCCGCCUGGUUUUCACGUUACGACGACCUGUUUAAGCAGGACGCCUCCCGACUCGACGACGCGGCGAAAGUUCGUUUACUCGUGCGUAAGCUGGGCACGACAGAGCAUUCACGGUAUACCAGCUUUAUCCUUCCACGAGUUCCGCGCGAUGUGAGUUUUCAAGACACAGUCAGCAUAUUGAGUUCGCUUUUCGCAAGGGCUGAGUCGCUUGUCAGCAAACGAUACAAAUGCAUGAAGCUGACAAAAGCGCAAUCCGAAGACAUACUCACAUUCAUCUGCCGCGUGAACCGAUCGUGCGUCGACUACCAGUUUUCGUCCAUGAGUGAGAAUCAGUUUAAGUGUUUGACGCUCGUGUGUGGAUUAAAGGAUGAGGCUGAUUCAGACAUCCGCACACGACUUCUCGCGCGCAUCGAGGAACGAAGUGACGUUACUUUGGAGGAUCUUGCAGCAGAGUGCCAGCGGAUAAAGAGCCUGAAGGUUGACAGCGCGAUGAUUGGAACGGAGUCGCGUGAACGAGUCCUUGCAGUGCACGGUGCAGGUAUGCAGUCGAACCAGCGGUACCAUCGAUCGGGCACGCAACCAGCUAAUUUCCGGAAGCAGAAAUCGAGUGAUUCCGGAGCAUCGGCGAAACCAUCGAAACCCUGCUGGUUAUGCGGUGAGCUUCAUUGGUCCAGAGACUGCAAGUUCAAAUCGCAUAAGUGCUCCAAUUGUGGAAAAAUCGGUCAUCGGGAAGGGUUUUGCCGCACAUCAGGACCGAUAAGACGACAGCGCAACUUUCGAAAGCACCGGCAGGUAACAUCACGUGUUGUAACUGUGAAUAUUUGCAGGGUUAACGACAGACGAAAAUACGUCAACCUGACCAUAUGUGGUCAACACGUGAGCUUGCAGCUGGACACUGGGUCGGACAUAACAGUCAUCAGUCGCUCGUUGUGGCAACAACUGGGCAAACCAUCGUUAGUUCCGGCAGAGGUCAACGCUAGGACAGCAUCGGGUGAGGAGCUUCAACUCGACGGUGAAUUCGAAACCAGCAUUGAAAUGGCAGGUAAAACGAGGGAAGCUAUCAUUCGGGUGACACGAGCAAACAUUUUAUUGUUGGGUGCUGAUCUCAUCGAUCAAUUUGGUCUCAGUUCGCUACCAAUGGAUAGCUACUGCAAAAUGGUAUCGUCAAGCGGCUACAUCAAGGGUCUCCAAGCUAAAUUUCCGACAGUUUUUAGCGGUACGGGGCUAUGCACUAAAAGCCGCAUCCACUUGCAGUUGAAAGAAGACGCUCGACCCGUGUUUUGUCCAAAAAGGCCUGUCGCUUAUGCCAUGAUUGAGACGGUCAACAAAGAGCUGGAUAGGUUGGAACAAUUGAAUAUCAUCACGCGCGUAGACUUUUCCGAAUGGGCAGCCCCGAUCGUAGUCGUACGAAAGGCAAAUGGCAACAUCCGCAUCUGUGGCGACUACUCGACUGGCUUAAACGAUGCGCUUCAGCCACUCGAAUAUCCAUUGCCAUUGCCCGAAGAUAUUUUUUCGAAGCUUGCGCACAGUAGUUGGUUCAGCAAAGUAGACCUGUCAGACGCGUUCCUCCAGGUCGAGAUUCACGAACAAUAUCGUCCAUUGCUUACCAUUAACACCCAUAGAGGUUUAUACCAUUAUAACCGCCUUCCUCCAGGCAUAAAAGUAGCCCCAGCCGCGUUCCAGCAGAUUAUAGAUAGAAUGCUGGCAGGAUUGCAGGGAACUUCUGGCUAUAUGGAUGAUGUGGUUGUCGGGGGGAAAACAGAGGAAGAGCAUGACGAAAAUCUAACGAAACUUUUUCAACGCCUCGAACAAUUUGGUUUUUCCGUCCGAGCAGACAAAUGCUCGUUGAAGAUGAGGCAAAUCGAUUACCUUGGACACGUAAUCGACCGUCAUGGUAUCCGACCGAAUCCUGCGAACAUCGAGGCAAUAAAAAAUCUUCCCGCACCUACUGACAUCAAAGGCGUGCGCUCUUUCCUCGGAGCAGUAAAUUUUUACGGAAAGUUUGUGCCAAAAAUGCGCGAAUUGAGGUAUCCGCUUGAUAACUUGCUGAAAAGUGACACAAAAUUCGCUUGGAAUAUGCAAUGUGAAAAGGCAUUUAAAUAUUUUAAAGAAAUCCUAUCAUCCGAUCUCCUCCUCACCCACUACGACCCCACCGCAGAGAUUAUUGUGGCAGCGGAUGCAUCAUCAGUGGGACUAGGAGCCCCCAUUUCUCACAAGUUUGGCGACGGCUCAAUAAAGGUCGUUCAGCAUGCGUCACGUGCUUUGACAACAACGGAGGAAAAAUAUAGUCAAAUAGAUCGCGAAGGGUUGGCCAUUGUAUUUGCCGUAACUAAAUUUCACAAGAUGCUUUAUGGUCGUUCUUUCAGGCUCCAAACCGACCACCGUCCCUUAUUACGCAUCUUCGGCUCAAAGAAAGGCAUCCCAGUAUUCACAGCGAAUAGACUGCAACGCUUUGCGCUAACACUGCAGUUAUACGACUUUUCGAUUGAGUACGUCCCCACCGGAAACUUUGGAAAUGCUGACAUUCUCUCAAGGCUCAUAAGAAAUCACGCUAAACCGGAGACAGAAUACGUCAUCGCCAGCCUCCAGCUAGAAGAGGAUGUAAGGUCCGUAGUUCUCAACAUGAUUAAUACAUUCCCUCUCAAUUUCAGAGACAUAGAGGAAGGGACACGGACAGAUUCCCUACUAUGGAAGGUUCACAAAUACAUCCAAGAAGGCUGGCCGUCUGACUCGUCAUAUGGAAUGGAGUUAGCACGCUUCUAUAAUAGAAAGGAUGACCUGUCGACCGUAGGUGAUUGUGUUCUUUUUAGAGAGAGAGUAGUAAUCCCCAGAAAACUACGCAUGCGGUGCUUGAAUCAACUUCAUAGAGGGCAUCCAGGGAUUCAACGCAUGAAGUCCGUCGCUCGCAGCUAUUUAUACUGGCCAUCUAUUGAUGAGGAUAUAGCCGACUGCGUUUCCAGCUGUACAGCAUGCAUGGCAGUCGCAAAAUCACCACCUUUACUAGAACCAAAGUUUUGGCCAAAGACCACCAAACCGUGGGAAAGUGUGCAUAUAGACUAUGCAGGACCAGUUGAUGGAGUUUAUUUCUUGAUCGUGGUUGACGCAUUCUCAAAGUGGCCUGAAGUGAUGAAAACAAUCACCACAACCACUACAGCUACCAUUUCGAUGCUGCGAAGCAUCUUUGCACGUUUUGGCAUGCCUGAAAAACUAGUCAGCGAUAACGGAGCCCAAUUUACAAGCGACGCGUUUAAAGAUUACUGCAAGCAAAGUGGCAUUGAACAUAUUAAAACACCGCCGUUUCACCCACAGUCUAAUGGGCAAGCAGAGCGCUUUGUGGAUACUAUGAAACGAGCCCUGAAGAAAAUCCAAUCAGAUGAUAUAUCCACUGAAACGGCACUCGACACCUUCCUGCAAACAUAUCGCUCAACUCCGCACCCUGCACUUAACCAACGCACGCCAGCUCAAGUUUUAUUUAAUCGAAACAUUAGAAUUCCCUUAGAUCUGAUACGCCCAACUACAACAACACAUUCCGAAGUCGACCAACGAGAUGAUCAGCAACCGCCAGCAGCUAGACAGUUUCAACCUGGAGAUGCUGUCUAUAUGAAACAUUAUUCGCGCAAUGCUUGGCAGUGGAUUGUACGAGAUUAUCACCGAUGGACAUCGCCCUCAUCGUCGACAUGCCAAUCAAAUGCGCGCACGUACAUCGAGUGGCCGAGGACAUCUUGCCGGCGACUCAACUAA